AUGCUACCAGCGGAACUUCGAUAUCUUUAUGCACAUGUUGUGAAUUGGAUGGAGCUGGGCAAACCUACAGAUGUGAAGACGGUGGCAAAUGUGGUCAAGCAAAUCAGUUACAACAACAAGAACAUGCUAUCAGCGUGCAUGAUAAUGGCCGGGUGGGACCAGUACGACGGGGCGUCGGUAUACGCGCUGCCGCAGGAAGGCACCCUGCUCAAGGCGCCCUUUGCCAUCGGCGGGUCUGGCUCUUCGUACCUCUAUGCCUUCUGCCUCUGUGAUGGAGGCAUAGGCCCCUUCGCCAUCGGAGGGUAUGGCUCCUCGUACCUCUAUGCCUUCUGUGACGCGCUCUUUAAAGAGGGCAUGAGCGAGGAGGAAGCUGAGUUAUCCCCCUGUGCUUCUCCCCUCCCUCUCCCCUUUAGCUUCCGUUUUCUUCUCUCCAAUGCUCAUGUGGAGCCACUCUGGUCAGUGCUCUUCGCAGCCGCCACUCCUCAUGUCACACGAGUGUCCGUUGCUUCCCGCCCACAGAUUGACAAGGACGGGGCCACCAAAAAGUUCCACCCGGCUGACAAACUGGAGCUCUUCUGGGAGGAAAUGCCUGCGCAGGAGUCCUUUCUCAAGCCGCUCGUUCCCGCCUCCUCGUAG